AUGAAUUUAGUAUUGUCAGAUACUAUUGAGUCUAGAAUUACUAAAAAAUCACAUAGUCAGUUGAAAAAGCAUCAACAGAUAGAUGGACAAGAACCAGUUUACGAAAAGAGAAAUUUAGGAUUGAUUAUAUUACGUGGUGAACAAAUUGUUAGUUUAAGUAUUGAAAGUAAUGGAGUUAUAAGUAAUGUUAAAGAUAGAAUAAUUAAACAACCUAUAAGUAGAAAGAAGAAAACAAUAGUAUAG